UGACAGUUUAUGUGGACUAUUGAGAUCACUUUAGUUUCGAGACUGAAUAUUUUCUUGAAAUAAUCUUUGAAAUGAUUUUGACUCGAGGUAUACCUUCCUUGUUCGGUCUUCAACUGUUAUUUGGGCAUCUGGGGUUUCUUCCGGUUGCAUAUAGCUCAUCUGAUUCCUCUUUAUUGUCGCGUUCGCUACAUCGACAGUCACAUGUCUUCAUCCUUCCCGACCAUACCGAUGAACUAGGACGCAAAUGUCUCCACUUCAGCCAUUACUUCUGCUUGAUGUCACUUUGGAUAAAAACGCGUGUGAAGUACAGACAGCCACAGCCUGGUGACAGGGAGGAGUUUAGGAGUAAAGUGGUGUCAUUGUACAAUCAGCUCAACUGGUUCUCUUUUCGGGAGCAAGAUGCCGCCCCUGGACCGAAUAAUACGAGAGGUUGUUGUUCAUACCAGGUUGCUUCAUACAUUCAACAUGGACAGAAAAACGGUCUUUCGCCCCAAGAAUAUCUGGAUAAAGUGUUCAAUAUAGGACCUUUUGGGAGCAAACGGCUGAUUUUCAUCAAGGCUAAAUGGCAUCCCAGAUUUUGCAUUAACGUUAUCAGUCAAAUUGGAUUUGGUCAGGGGGUCUUCAAACUCAUCGGAUCGGCGAAAAAGGGACGUCAUUUUAUAAUCCCCCCAGUCGGAGAGUCAGAACCUAUUUUUAUAGUCCCCUCUGAUGAGCUGCAAUCAAUGCUCACCUUUCCGUGGUUCAUGGUCAAUGUUGUCUGUCGUGAGAAGCCUUUUCUCUGUCCGAAUUCUGCGAGAAGUAUUUACGAGCAGCUCCAGAAUCUCGAUCUCGAUGAGCCAACAGAAGCAACAUAA